GUUGCGAGCGAUCUUCCGAUAUAGAUAACUUUAAUUUCUGCAGAAAGUAAGUGCGACAUUGAUAGAUAAUGGCAAGAUAUAGCAUAUCGUAAUGGGUGCGAAUUUUAGUAGACCAGUCAUUUUGCUGGCUACAAUUCCACUUAUGUAACCUUAAGAUAGCUUCUCUUGUAGAAAGGAAAGAUCCGGAACUGGUAUCUUGAGAGGACAUAUAAAGGAUGUGUGCGGAGAAGUGACUAUGUUCUAUUCUUCUUUUUCCAUUCGUUUCGAGUGAUUGUACAAGAUGGAGGAAAUUCCUGUUAUUGACUUUGGAAAGUUUGAUUCCGAUCCCGUUGCUGUUGCAGCUGCCAUUCGUGAAGCUUGCGAAUCUAUUGGAUUUCUUUUCCUCAAGAAUGUGGGGAUUCCUCAACCCGAGAUCGACGAAAUGUUCGAGUUGGGAAAAGAAUUCUUUGAUCAGCCAGUUGAAACCAAAGCUCAAUUCGAUAUUCAGGCUAACAAUGUUGGAUACAGUGCUCUUCAUCGUGAAGUCCUUGACCCGGCGACCCAAAAGACUGGUGACAGCAAGGAAGCUUUUAACUUUGGCAAGUGGCUGAACGGUGAAGCUGCUGGCGAAAUGCCCGAACCUUUCAAAGCUAAGGAGGAUAUAACUCGCAAGUUCUCUGAGGACUGUCACAAGGUUUGCAGCCGGAUUCUUCAAGCAUUCGCUAUUGCCUUAGAAAUCAAAGAAGAGGAUGGAGGCAUUCAUUACUUCGAAAAGCGACACGAUUAUGAUACUCCUUGCGGAAGUAUUCUGAGAUUGUUGAAGUAUCCCAAGGGUGGCGAUACUGAUACUGACGAAAUCGUCAGAGCCGGAAGUCACUCUGAUUAUGGCUCGAUCACUUUAUUGUUUCAGCAUGGAAUUCCAGGACUGGAGGUACAGGCUAGCCGAACAAACUGGAUUUCGGCUCCAGUCAUCCCUGGUGCCGUUUUGGUAAACAUAGGUGACCAAAUGGAAUAUUGGACUGGCGGUCGAUUCAAAUCAACCAAGCACCGUGUUGUUUUCCUUCCUGAGCACGCACAAAAUGAUCGCUAUUCCAUCGCUUACUUCUGCCACGCGAACGACGAGGUACCUCUCGAUGUAAUUCCUAGUGUCGUUCUUAAGGACAACCAGAUCGGCCAGGAUCAACCAAUUAAGACUGCUGGCCAGCACUUGAGAGAACGUCUUGAAGAAACAUACAAGUUUUCCGAAUCGGCUAUGUAAAUUGAGAAAGAACCAUGAUUUAUCCAUGGUUUUAUCCGGGUGUAUGGAAUUGCCUAAUGUACUUGUUGUAUUCUCCUCCAUUAUAGAGCAUUAUUGUCAUUUACAACCAAUUUUUUAGUAAUAGAAACACAUGGUUAAUAAGAUCCAGUGUCUUGAAAGAACU